AUGGUGAUUUACAUGCUUGUUUUGAAAAUGGGCAUGGACUUCGAGACAAAAGCUGAACUGAGACUUCCCAAAUAUAUAGAGCUUUUUGGUUUACCUGACUCCUACUUUGUCGUCUCCAUUGCCAUAAUCGUUUUGCUUGUUAGCCCGACUAGGAUAAACGUCAUUGCAGAGGCUAAUAUCUCUUCAUACCCAAGCAUCAUUUUUAGGAGUGCUGUUAGAAAUUUAGACCCCGGCCUCAUUCUGCCCCUUGUCUCCCCAGCAGGAACGAAACGGCCUCGCCACGACGACGACGCCCGCAGCGACACGCCGCCCUCGCCUAUCCGCGACGAGCCCCUUAGCCUGAAGGUGGCGCCCCCGGCCUCUCCCUCCGAGGCCACGCCUACGCCCCCGCCCGCACAGCCCCCGGCGCCGCCCGCCCUGGCCAGCCCACGCGGCGACCCCGCCAGCGAGGACGACGAGCCGCGGCCCAGCAAGGCGGCUCGCAGGGACGCCGACGACGAGGACGAGCGCGCCGGCGCCUCCCCGCCCGCGUCAGGGGCGGCCGACGCGGCCAAGCUGACCAGCAUGGAGACCCUCGUGCGGCUGUUCCCCGGCAGGAAGGUGCAGGUGCUGGAGACGGUCCUGCUGCGCUGCGGCGGGGACGUCCUGCGCGCCAUCCAGACGCUGCUCUACGCCCUCCCGCCCGCCACGUCCGCUCCCUCGCCCACGCACGCCACCCCCGCCGCGCCCCACCACCUCCCCCACCACGAGAACAACAACAACCACGAGCAGCCCCACCACCAGCCGCCCCCGCUGCCGCCCCACCACCACCACCACGCCCACCAGCAGAGGUCCUCGCCCCCGCGCUCCCCCGAGCUACGCCACCACGACCUCCUGCCGGACUCCGCCGCCCUGCGAGCGUCGGCCUUCGCGCCCCUCACGCCGCCCUCGCUCGCCCGCUUCCCGUACCCGCCGCCCCACGCCCUCAUGGGCCUCCCGUACCCGCCCUUCCUCCCUCCCCGCCCGGAGUACUACCCUCCCCUCAACCUCUCCUCCCACACCGCCUCCCUACUGGCCGCCCACCACUCCUCGCCCCCGCCCAGGGACCUCUCCUCCUCGCCCACGUCGCAGCCCGACCCCGACACAGAGUAA